UAUCGUUUUUUCAAAGUUCAAAAAGAUCACACCAUGAACCUUUCCUCCAACGACCAACCAAGCCAAGGCUAUGUCAAGGCCAAGGAUUGGUCUACUGAUUUGUGUGAAUGUUGGAUGGACAUAAACUCAUGCUGCUUGACUUGUUGGUGUCCAUGUGUUGCCUUUGGACGCAUAGCGGAGGUUGUAGACAGAGGAUCCACAUCGUGUGGUGUGAGCGGAGCGAUGUACAUGAUCAUAUUUAUGCUGACCGGAUAUGGAGGGAGCAGUCUCUACUCUUGCUUUUACCGAACCAAACUAAGAGCACAAUACAAUCUCAAGGAGAGACCUUGUUGUGACUGUUGUGUCCACUUUUGUUGCGAGCCAUGCGCUCUUUGUCAAGAGUAUAGGCAACUUCAACACAACCGCGAUUUCGACUUAUCCAUCGGGUGGCACGGAAAUAUGGAACGACAGGCACGACUGGCUGCAUCUACGCCUUCGGCUCCUCCACUUCAACCGCCCAUGUCUAGAUUGAAUUAGAUUGGUUUAUCUCUAUAUUAACAAUAGGUUACAUAUAUAUAUCGAUAAACUAUGCAUAUCUAUAUUAGUUGUUUUGAUACCGUGAUGUAAUUUGUAUUCCUUCACAAUUGUCACUCAUAUGUUGUGUUGGAUAUAUCGGAUUAAUAAUUAAUAUUCUCUUCG